AAGAGGAAGGAAUAGGAGUUUUUACCCUGCUUUCUCCUCCCACUCAAAAGUGAAUGGAAGGACUCUUUCGGAAUCGGAAUAGCAGGAGACACACUCGUUUAGCUUAGGCAUUGAUUUCAUUUACCCGUCCGGUCAGCGACUUCUUUGUUGUGUUUUUUUAAGGAUACUCAUGCGUCGGGAAUGCCACCAUGGCCACGCCGAACAGUCUUCAGCAGCAGCAGGAUUACUUCAGAAGCGUCAGCAGCGAAUCCACCACGUAUAUGAUGGUCCCGGCCACGGCGGCAGCGGCAAACACGCGUCGCGAUGCCGCGCCGUCCAAGAUGUGGGUCGCUAUGGUGGUGAUUGUGGUGGUCGUUCUACAGAUUGCUUCUACCACAGGUCUGUUCGUCUACCUGAAUAUGUCGAUAUCACAGGUGCGUAGCCAGGGCGUGACAGAGGAGCUGAAGUGCCUCAGUCUGCUGAAUGCUCUGGAUAAAGACCAGGACAUCCCAGAGAACCUGGCUCAGCUGUUUGGAGAACCCUGCAUCAAGCUGGCAGAGGGCAUCAAGGCCUACAUCUCAAAGGUGACCGAGAACAUAAUCUCCAAGCAGACGUUUCAGGAAGCGAGAACGUUACCUCGCACCUUCAACACUUCCGGGUCAACGUUUGCGACCUCUGUGACCCAGCGUCCGUCAGCCCACCUGACCCUCAGAGACAGCAGUGCUCAAGCAGGGUCUCCUUCGUACCCCACACCCCAGCCUGACCUCCACCAAUCAUGUCGCCACGCCGUCCGUUCCUGGGCCAAUCAGAGCUUUGGAGCCCAUCUUCACAACAUGACCUUAGCCAAUGGGAGGCUGCGUGUGCCCCAGGAUGGGCGGUACUACCUGUACUCACAGGUGUACUUCCGCUACCCAUCCCUUAAUGAAGGGGACCAGCAUACAACCAGUCACCAGCUGGUCCAGUGUGUAUACAAGAAGACGUCCUACCUGAGACCCAUCCAGCUGCUGAAGGGUGUAGGCACCAAGUGUUGGGCCCCAGACGCGGAGUACGCCCUCCACUCUGUGUACCAGGGAGGGCUGUUUGAGCUAAGGGCCGGGGAUGAGCUCUUUGUCUCUGUCUCGUCCCCCUCCAUGGUCCACGCGGAGGAUUCAGCAAGUUAUUUUGGGGCAUUCCGUUUGGACCUGUAAAGAUGGACGGAUGGAAACGAGAGGGUGGUACACCGCCGGAAGAGGGGGAUGGGUGGGAUAAAAAGGAAAGGUGGAGGAAAGGAGGACAGGGUCAGGACACU